AUGGAACGUUCAGACCUGUUCGGCACCCGACAAUCCCAUGAUUCAAAUGUGAUCGACCCAGUUGAACAAAAACCUGACCAAUCACGACCUGGGACAUUGACUGACAGAAUCCUGACCUGUUCGGGUCUGACCUGGUUCGCUUUGGCUUACUUUGGGUUUCAGUUGGUCUUUAUUCUUUUUCAGGUAGUCUUCAUUUUUUUUCAGGUAGUCUUCAUUCUUUUUCAGGUAGUCUUCAUUUUUUUUCAGGUAGUCCAACUGAAAAAAAAACAAAGUCCUGAAAAUAAUGAUCCAUAUAGGACUGGUUAUCACUUUCAGCCACCUCAAAAUUGGAUGAAUGAUCCAAAUGGACCCUUGAUUUACAAAGGAGUAUAUCACUUAUUUUACCAAUAUAAUCCCUUGGAACCUGUUUGGAAGCAUGGAUUAGAUUGGGGACAUUCUACGUCAACUGACCUUAUCAAUUGGACCUCUCAACCAAUUGCCCUUUCACCAACAGACUCUUAUGACAUUAAGGGAUGUUGGUCUGGUUCUGCUACUAUACUUCCUGGUGAAAAACCUGCCAUCCUAUACACAGGAAUUAACACUCACAAUCACCAAGUUCAAAAUCUAGCCUUCCCCAAAGAUUUAUCUGACCCUUAUCUUAGGGAGUGGGUUAAGGUAUCCCAAAAUCCUGUUAUGGUUGCAACACCCUCUAACAACAACAUUGAUCCUUUCAAUUUUCGAGACCCGUCUACUGCUUGGCAAUUACCUGAUGGUAAAUGGAGAACCUUAAUUGGUACUCAACAAGGUGAACAUGGAUCAGUAGCUCUUUUCACUAGCAAGGACUUCAUCACUUGGACUGACACAGAAUGUCCUUUUUAUGCACUCGAAAAUACCGGGGCAUGGGAGUGCCCUGAUUUUUUCCCUGUGUAUGCUGGCAAGUCAUUGGGUCUUGAUACAUCUGUUAUUAAUAAGGAUGUUAAACAUGUCCUUAAGAUAAGCUUCAUAAGAACUAAAUUUGACAUUUACACUAUUGGAAGAUAUGAUACUGAUAAAGACAUUUACAUAACUGAGGGAUCUAUGGACAGUCAUCAGGGUUUAAGGCUUGAUUAUGGUAAAUUUUAUGCAUCGAAAUCGUUCUUUGAUAGUAAGACUGAUCGCAGAAUACUAUUUGCGUGGGCUGAUGAAUCUUCAAUCGAAGCUAAUAACUUUGAAAAAGGAUGGGCUGGACUUCAGGGAAUUCCAAGAACAAUAGUAUGUGAUACUUUUGGCAAACAACUAGUUCAAUGGCCAGUUACAGAAGUUGAAACGCUACGAAAAGAUCAAGUGAAAUUGGAUUCUCAAGUGAUUGGAUCAGGAUCACUCAUUGAAAUAACUGGAGUCACAGCCUCUCAGGCGGAUGUGGAAAUUUCAUUCAAAAUACCAGAUUUAAACCACAUUGAAGAAUUCGACCCAACAUGGACCAACCCACAGAUAUUGUGCAGCCACAAGGGCGCAACUGAAAAGGGAAUACUCGGGCCAUUCGGACUUCUAACACUGGCUUCCACAGGCUUAGAAGAAUACACUGCAGUCUUCUUCAGAAUAUUCAAGGCUCCAAACAAAUAUAUGGUUCUCAUGUGCAGUGACCAAAGCAGGUCUUCUCUUAACCCAACUACUGAUAAAAUAAGUUACGGGACUUUCGUGGAUGUGGAUCCUGUAAAUGAUGAACUAUCUAUAAGGAUUUUAAUUGAUCAUUCUAUAAUCGAGAGCUUUGGUGCAGAUGGGAAAAGUUGCAUCACUGCUAGAGUUUAUCCUACACUGGCAAUUAAUGACAAUGCAAAGUUAUAUGCCUUUAACUAUGGAGCAGAAGAUGUUAAGAUCACUAAACUUAGUGCUUGGAGCAUGAAAUCAGCUCAAAUUAAUCUUCCAACAGGCGUUUAGGUGUUUUUUCAUCAUGGAUUAUUAUGCACAUAUACAUUGUUUGGAUUUUAAUUAUCAUUGGUUCACAAUUCAAUGGACUAUUUUCCUUUUCUUUAAA